AUGGCGGCCACCGACACAGCGCUGAUCGAGGCGAUUGACCUGACGUACACGUUUCAGGACUACAGCACAGGGAUCUCGCACAUCAACCUGGCACUGCCAGCGGGCAGCCGGACGUUGCUGGUAGGCGCCAACGGAGCGGGCAAGACGACGCUGCUGCGACUGCUGGCGGGCAAGCGGCUGGCACCGGCGGGCAGCAUUCGGGUGGGCGGCCUGGAUCCGUUUUCGCACAGCAUUGCGGGCGUGACGUACCUGGGACUGGAGUGGGUGCUGAACCCGGUGGUGCGGCGGGACAUUGGGGUGAACGAGCUGCUGGCGUCGGUGGGCGGCGAUGCGUAUCCGGAGCGGCGUGACGCGCUGGUGGCUGUGCUGGACAUUGACACGUCGUGGCGAAUGCACGCGGUCAGCGAUGGCGAGCGACGCCGCGUGCAGCUGGCCAUGGGCCUGAUUCGGCCGUGGAACAUCUUGCUGCUCGACGAGAUCACCGUCGAUCUGGACGUCUGGACCCGGGCCCAGUUCCUCGGCUGGCUGCGCAGCGAGUGUGAGCGCCACCCUGACCGCGCUUCUGGCCUGCCGCCGCCCACCAUUGUGUAUGCCACCCACAUCCUUGACAACCUCGCCGGCUGGCCGACCCAUCUGGUACACAUGCAUCUCGGCACCGUGCGCGAGUGGGGUCCGGCCGAGCGUUUCCUCAACGACACGGCUUACUACCGUGACCGCAUGCAGGACGACGGUGCUGCCGGGGCGGCCGGUGAUGCGGAUGGCGAGACAAAGGACGGGGCUGCCGCCAAGAAACACUUCAACCCCAGCAGUCUUCUCGGGGCUUCUGGAAACUCGCGGCUCGGCGAUUUGGUGCUGUCGUGGCUGCGUGAUGACUUGCGCGAGCGUGGCCCUCGCAGCCAGAACCGUCGUGGACCGGAGGGCCUGACGUAUGCGGUGGGUGGCAUUGGCGGCUAUGGGGCUGAGAAGCAUGUAGACGAGGAGAAGGAGACGGAGAACUGA